AUGGACGCGGGACUCUCCCGCAACAACCAGAAAGUGGCCAUAGUGGGCAUAGGCUGUCGCUAUGGCAACGGGAUCGACAACGUCAGGAAGUUCUGGGAGAUGUUGGUGAAGGGGUUGGACUGCACCACGUCGGUACCUGCAGAUCGCUUCGAUGCCAGCUACUUCCUAAGUCCUGGAGAGAAGAGGGCGGGCAAGAUGUACAUCAAGAACGGUGGCUACAUCUCUCAGGACCCGUACAUGUUCGACAGGCAGUUUUUCCAUAUGCCACCCGACGAAGCAGCUCAUCUAGAUCCACAAGUAAGACUCCUUCUUGAAGUCACGUGGGAGGCGCUUGAGAAUGCUGGGAUACCAGCUUCCUCUAUUCGAGGUUCCAGGACUGGUGUCUACAUGGGCGUGACGGCACAGGAGUACUCAUCAUUUGCCUUUAAACCACUCCACAACAUGAAUCAAUAUUCUAACUCGGGCACCAACUCCUGCAUGGUGUCCAACCGCAUCUCAUACGAAUUUGACCUACGUGGGCCCAGUUUCUCCGUGGACACUGCCUGUUCAUCCUCCCUGUAUUCAAUCCAUUUGGCGUGUGAGGCACUCAAGCAGAAAUCUUGUACAAUGGCUCUUGCUGGAGGCGUCAACUUGAUUCUCACACCAGUUACCUCGAUUGGGUUUUGUCAGGCUGGAAUGUUGUCAGGAGACGGGAAGUGCAAAAGCUUUGACCAAUCGGCAGAUGGAUAUUCACGCAGCGAGGGUGCCGGGGUCGUGGUUUUGAAACCGUUGUCUGAGGCUCUGAGGAAUGGUGAUCGUGUUUACGCUGUACUGCGAGGAGGUGCACUGAGUAAUGAUGGCCGCACACCGGGCAUUGCAAACCCUAGUUUCGAUGCGCAGGUGGAUUUGGUGAAGAGCGCUUGUCGCAACGCCAGAGUGGACCCUUAUCAAAUUGUCUACGCAGAGGCUCAUGGUACAGGAACACAGGUUGGGGAUACAACCGAAGCAGGUGCUUUGGGUGAGGCUAUGGGACGCAGACGAGGACCCAAACAUCCUCCAUUCUACAUUGGAUCUGUCAAAUCUAAUGUGGGUCAUUCCGAAGGUGCGGCAGGAGUCGCUGGUAUUAUCAAGGCCGCUUUGUGUCUGUAUCAACGCAAGAUACCACCAGUCGUUCACUUUAAAACACCGAACGAAAACAUCGACUGCAAGGCGCUGAAAAUAAAGGUCCCAAUCGAGCUGAUACCAUGGCCAGACAGAGACGGACGCCUCUUAGCUUCCUGCAGUUCUUUUGGUUUCGGUGGAGCGAAUGCUAACAUUGUUCUUGAAGGUCCUACUAAUCCCCACGGAAAUGGUCAGUUCAUAAAGAUGGAUAAAAAGUUGAGCUGCCUUCUGCUGUCUGCAUCCAGUUCCGAUGCUCUUCAUCAGAAAGUCAAAGAUUGGCUCCACUUUCUUACCGACGACAAACAGAUGACUGGUGCAACUUUCUUCUCGUGUCUGUACACGGCCGCUUGUCGUUCACAGCAUCACACACACCGGAUGGGUUUCGCCAUCAACUCCAAGAAAGAUGCGAUCCACCAACUUCGAAUGAAGCUUGAAGCUGAAACUCAGCAGACCUCGGACCGGUCUGUUGAAGGUGUAGCGCCAUCAGCCACAGGCACCGAACGGCAGAUUGUUUUUGUCUUCUCUGGCAUGGGGACUCAGUGGUGGGGCAUGGCUAGAGAGCUGAUGCAUACACACCCUGCCUUUUUUUCAAAGAUGAAGGUUGUCGACAAGCUGUUGCAGAAAUGUGGAGCCAAAUGGUCAUUGGUCAGCAUGCUGUCUGAGGAACAGGACCGUGAGAGAAUAAAUCAAACAGAAAUCAGCCAGCCUUGCCUCUUUGCGGUUGCGAUCGGUCUUGUCGAUCUUUGGAAGUUGCACGGUGUGGUUCCAGACGCAGUGGUUGGUCAUAGUGUAGGAGAGGUCGCAUCAGCCUACGCAGCAGGUUUACUUAGUCUGGAGCAUGCAGUCAAGCUCAUAUACCGGAGAGGAAGAGAACUGCGUAAGACCAGUGGCUCUGGGAAGAUGGUGGCUGUCUUACAUCGUGUUGAAGACGUUCUCACAUUCGUCAGUCAAAGAAAGCAUGGGCAAGUGCUUGAUGUUGCAGCUAUCAACAGCCCAGGCCAAAUCGUGUUCUCUGGUGAGACCUCUGCUGUAGAGGGUAUAGCUAAGGAACUGACUGCAGAUAACAUACAACGUGUGGUACUUAAGGUAAACAAUGCUUUUCACAGCAAACAGCAAGAGGUUGUAAAGAAGCCUUUCCUCAAGAAAGUGGGUAAGUUUCUAAAGGUACAAAACUCGGCAGAGCGGCAACGUACGAUUCCAAUGAUGUCAACUGUGACUGGGCGUUAUUUGACGCCCGAGGAGGCCAACUCUCCUGAGUACUGGUUUCAGAAUAUCAGACAGAAGGUUUCCUUCAUGGAAUCCAUUCAGAAUCUUGCGAAAGAUGGCUACCGUGUGUUCGUCGAGAUAGGUCCUCACUCUUCGCUUCUGCCGGCCCUCCGAGAAACACUGGCUGCCGUUCAGGCUACAGAUGAUAAAUUCAUCACGACUGCAUCUCUACUACGGCCCCGAGACACCACCACAUUGGCCAACGAUUCUGAGAAUCUCCUGUUGGCGCAGAUGAGGCUUCAUGUGAGUGGCAUUCCAGCGAAGUUCCAUAGCUUGUUCAUGUCCACGUUUCGCCGAGUCGUGUCGGUCCCACACUACCCAUGGCAGCGAGAAAAGUGCACGAAUGUUUCUUCGGAAGGAAAGGAGGAAUUGCUCUUUCCUGCGGGUGAUGGUCGCCACAUUCUCCUUGGAGAGCCAAUGGACACCUUCUAUCUUCGAGAAAGUCCUGUGAAGAUAUGGCGAGCUGACCUGAAUGCAUCACGGGUACCUUGGGUUCAGGAUCACGUCCUGCAGGGUGCUGUAGUCGUCCCUGCUGCUGCUUACACAGAGACGGCUCUUGCUGCAGCUCGAUCGAUGAGCUCUGAUCCCUAUCCACUGAUUCUAAGUGGACUGACCUUCGAUCGAUUCAUGUUUGCCUCAAACUGCGAAGGAACUUUGGAGACGACAGUUGAGGAGAAGACACCAGAUCAAUCUCUCUUUACGCUCAGGAGCCACGACGCAUCCAGAGGAACGUGGAUCCAGCAUUGUCAUCUGAAAAUUAUUCCUCCAUCUGUAGCCAAUCUUAGUGACCUGAAGACAACUAUAGUUGACGUAGAGAGCAUCAUCGCAAGGUGUGAAGUGAUUCUAGAGGGUGAGGAAUUUUACACCAAGGCAGCAAGUUCUGGGUUUGAACUGGGAGCAACAUUCAGAGGAGUCCAGAAUAUGUCAAUGUCGAGAGACUUUCUAGAAUGCUUAUUGUAUGCUGACGCCCCGCCCAGUGUGCAGAGAGAAUUUCAUCGUUACGUUUACCAUCCAGCUUUUAUGGAUAGUUUCUUGCAAGCCUUUGCCGUACUUCUGUUAUUAGCGACAGAAGCAGAAAUUGAGGCUACUGGAAAAGCACUUCAACCUAUGUAUAGGGUUCCAAGAAGCAUCAAGACGUUCACUAUCUCUGCUCCAACCUCACCGCAUGUUUGUAUCCACAUGAAGAUUGGUGGAAAGGACCAGCGUUUUUGUGAUAUUGAUGUGGCUGAUGCAGACACGAAGAAAGUAUUCUGUUCAGUUAGGGAACUUGUGUUUGAAACAAUUCAAACUGACAAGAUGGAGCCCCAGGUGUGGAGUCUAUCAUCGGAAAAUGUUGGGUCAGUAGUUGUUACAAACAGACCGUCGGAAUUCCCAUUGACUAAAAAGAAGGUGGUCUUAUUCCCGGAUGAUACCGAAGUAAGUACAUCAUUUGUUGAUUCGCUGGUGAACGUACAGGCCUGGGAUGUUACAGUCGUUGACACAACACAGACUGAUGCUGUGCAACAGGCGUUUACCAUCGUUUCAGACAAUAAUGAAUCUGAUACGCUUGUGAUCAUCAUGAAAACAGAGGUUUAUGAUGUCCAUUUGAAUUCGGGAACGGUCAUGUCAAGGGAUGAGUUUGAGGAGUGCCAAAAAGGCAUGUUGUUUUGCUACUCCGUCCUAAAGGCCAUACUUGAUGAGGGGAUAAAGAACAACUUGAAGGUGAUUCUCUUCACAAAGGGUGCGCAACGUGCCAGAGAAGAGGACGACGUCAACCCAUUUGCAGCGAUCCUGAAUACCAUUGCAGUUACAGUCGGUCAUGAAGAGCCUUCAAUUAGAGUGCUUGGUGUAGACCUGCCGAUGAACGCAAGUAGUCUUGAGUGCGCAAAGAUUGCUCGGGAAAUAAUGUACAAGGAAGAUCAUUAUCUAAAAAACGAAAAUGUAAUCGCCGUAAGGACAUCAAACUCCACAAACCAAGACGAUCGGGUUCUAAUAUGGGAUCUCCGUUCACCUCGCUUGAAAAUGGAAAAUAUCUCCAAAGCUUCUGGAGUUGUGCCAACAAGGUUCUGGUCAGUUGGCGAGCAAAAAGUGUCUGAUCGUAAUCGUGUCUUCUUUCAGAAAACGCCUUCCGAGAAGUUUGAUAACACAAAUCCAGACACUGUCCACGUGAAGGUCGAAGCUUUCAGUGUUUGUAACAGGCCGAAGUUGGAAGGGGACAGCCAUGAAGGACCAAACACAUUCGUGUACGCUGGUAGAGUCGACCCAUCGGAAUCAAACGAUGUCUGUGAAACGUACUUAGGUCUUACUUCUUGUAAAGUCAAAUCAUAUAUGCCCACUUUGUCACAGGAUGUAGUACCUUCCCAUCUCACCCCUGAAGAGGCUGUCAGUAUCGUGAAUGAUUAUUUCCCAACCGCCGUCUUCUUCAAUGAGGCGUUUCAAAUAUCUGCAGGCAUGCGUCUCGUCUUCAAGUUCGACCCUCUCGAUAGUUGUGGCAUCGCAAUGAUUCAUCUGUCAACAAAAUUGGGAGCCGAAGUGGUCCUUUUAUCUGAUGGCCGUGAUGAUCUUGCGGAAACUAAGACAGAGAUACAUGUGAGGUGCCUCAGUGAGAUAGAUGAUGCCUCAGUUGAUGCACUUUUUUUGUCUUGCAGAUCGCCAUCCUUCGGUCGCACAGUGCAGUCGUUGUUGCCAAAGUUGAGAAGAAACGCCACUGUUGUGAUAAUGCAGAAACCGAGACAAGAUGCAAGACUACCUAUGCUUCCUUCAAAGAUGAAGAUUGUUACCUUCAAUACUGAUCUCCAGUCAGCAGUUGAUGGAUUAUCGAGUGGCGAGAUAUCAGCUACUCUGUCGAAUCUCUGGGAAAUGUUUGACCCAAAUGUGGAAGGUAGUCACCUGACAUGUAAGACCUACAAUGUUAAGGAAAUGUCUUCUCUGCUUGCACAAAAUGCUGACAUUCCUAAAUCUGAGGUCAUCGAGGUAGGAGCAGCGGAGCUUAUGUUGCCACCUUCUCUUGAGAACGAUGGUUUCGUUGCUGAUGGAGAAUCGGCCUACCUCAUCACAGGAGGGACCAAGGGGUUUGGUCUCAGACUUCUAGAGUGGCUGAUCAAAAGAGGAGCUCGAUAUAUCUACACUGGUUCGAGAGGGGUGAUAAAUGAUGAAUUACAAGUGGUAAUUCAUAAAGGAGAAGAGGUCGGUGCCACAGUACGACACAUUCAGUUGGAUGUUUCUAACGCCACAGACGUUGAAAAGGCACUGCAGGGAAUGAAGGAUGACCAGUGGCCGGCUUUAAAAGGUAUAUUCCACUGCGCCGCUGUCUUCAGUGAUGGAUUCAUCCAAAAUAUCACAGCAGAGUCUUGGAACAGUGUCAUGGCUCCCAAGGCUUAUGGGGCACUUCUCUUACACCAGCUGACGCUUAAGCUUGGCAUCAAACUCGAUCAUUUCAUCAUGACCUCUUCCAUCGUGUCUCUGAUGGGCAAUGCGGGACAAGCCAGUUACUGUGCAUCCAAUGUCUUCUUAAACGCCCUCGCCCAGUAUCGACUCAGGCGUAAUUUACCAGCGACGGCAGUUCAGCUUGGUCUGAUAAAUGGUGUUGGGUUUGCAGUUCGCCACGAUCUUGUUCAAAUGUGGGAGAAAACGGGCGUAGAAAGCAUGAGUCCUGAGGAAGCUCUUGGUGUGAUCGGUUGUGCUUUGUCGGUUCGUCAAUCACAGCUGGGUAUCUCAGGUUUAUUUAAUCGGAAGUUAUAUGCAGCGACGCAUCGUGGUCUCAUGAUGCAACACUUUAGAGAAAAGCAUGGAACCAUUUCCUUGAUGAAGGAGUUGUUUCAAGACAGAGAUGUGUAUCUUACUGCCACGAAUGAUACCCUGCUGCAGUCAAUUUUGAAGCUUCCGUUCGCCAAAGCCAGAGAGGUUGUUAUCAAGACUUUGGCCAAGCUUCUCAGUGAGCACCUUGGAUUGUCUGAUGAACCUCCGAAAGAUGCCUCUCCCAUUGCCCUUGGUGUGGAUUCCCUCAUGGCUUCAGAGGUCAGCCAGAUGAUCAGCCAGCAGUUUGAGGUCACGGUGGGAGCUGUGGAUCUACUAAACGACAAGAACACUAUCCAGCAGCUUUCGAAAAACAUCGCAAGACAAAUACUGGCGAAGGCAGAUUCAACCAGCCCAACAGGUUUCAACAAUGAAGUCUCGUUUGUCUCCAAAAAGAAAAAUGUUAUCGUCGAGGGUGAGGUACCAAAAUCGUUGGGAGUAAAACUUGUGUGUUUUCCCUCCAACGGCGCAGGACCUUCGUUGUUUUCACAAUGGAUACAGCAUCUACUUCCAUUCGGAAUCCAAGUUCUGAUGAUACAGCUGCCAGGUUGGGAAGGGCGUGAAAGCGAGCAACCUCUAAAAGACAUGAAAGAUAUUGCACGGCUUGUCCACGAUGAGCUCAAACCACAUAUAUUAGGCUUUCCCUGUGCAUUUUUCGGUCACAGCAUGGGAAGCCUGAUUGCAUUCGAAGUUUCUCAUCUCCUUCUGAAGGAAGAAAGCUUCUGCCUCCGCCACCUGUUCGUCAGUGCUUGGUACGCACCGACAACACCUUAUCCUCAUCAAGAAGAGCUUAACAUCUCACCAGAAACCUUUGAAAGGUUGAGGAAAACCCUGGAGAACCACCCAAAGCUCUUUGCAAAAUUAGCAAAGAUGGAACAAGUGAAGUUCAGUUUCAUGGAUGAUAGAGCCUUCUUCAAUACCGCCCUCAUGAGACGGUUGUUACCUUGCAUUGAGGCCGCCAUUCAAAUGGUAAAAAGCUACGAUGGCAAACACCAGAAGCCGUUGCCAUGUGACAUCACAGCUGUUGGUGGGAAACAAGACGGUUUUGUUCAACCUGAACUCCUGGACGGCUGGGAGUUGGAGAGGUCCAAGAAGCAUAACUUUAAGAAGAUCACCUUGCCCGGGAGGCAUAUGUACAUUCUGACAAACACGGCAGAGAUUGUGAAGGAAAUAUGUCUUACGUGCAAGAAAGUAGGCAUUAACUGAACUACUCAAAAAUAUACUAUUCCAUUCAGUUCUGCAUUAAACAGGAUGCCGUGCUUUCAGUACACAUUCCACACCCCUUCACCGAUUGUAUUUUUCCUGCUUUAAUUGAAAUAAACAUUUCCAAG